GAAUUUCUUUCCGGUUGGCCUGGCGCUGUCGGCGUGAGAACGGGGUGUUGCUUUCCGCGAGGGCCGAGCGGUCCUAGUCUUUCGUGCCUAGUCCGCGGAGCUCUGCAGGCUAGCAUGUCGGACACGUGGAGUUCUAUCCAGGCCCACAAAAAACAGCUGGAUUCGCUUCGGGAGCGGCUGCAGAGGAGGCGGAAGCAGGAUUCCGGGCACCUGGAUUUGCGGAAUCCAGAGGCAGCACUGGCCCCAGCCUUCCGUAGUGAUAGCCCAGUGCCUACUGCACCCAUCACUGGUGGCCUGAAACCCAGCACAGCUUCAUCAGCUCCUGAAUUAGCCACAGAUCCUGAGUUAGAGACAAAGUUGCUACACCACCUCUCAGAUCUGACCUUAACUUUACCCACUGAUGCUGUGUCCAUCUGUCAUGCCAUCUCCACGCCAGAUGCCCCUGUCACUCAAGAUGGGGUGGAAAGCCUCCUACAAAAGUUUGCAGCCCAAGAGUUGAUUGAGGUAAAGCGAGGUCUCCUUCAAGAUGACGCACAUCCCACCCUUGUGACCUAUGCUGACCAUUCCAAGCUUUCUGCCAUGAUGGGUGCUGUGGCAGAAAAGAAAGGCCCUGGAGAGGUAUCAGGGACUAUCACGGGGCAGAAGCGGCGUGCAGAACAGGACUCAACUACAGUACCUACCUUUGCCAGCUCUUUAACCUCUGGUCUGGCCUCUUCAGCCUCAGAGCCAGCUAAGGACCCAGUCAAGAAAUCAAGGAAACAUGCUGCCUCUGAUGUUGAUCUGGAGAUAGAAAGCCUUUUGAACCAACAAUCUACUAAGGAACAACAGAGCAAGAAGGUCAGUCAGGAGAUCCUAGAACUAUUAAAUACCACAACAGCCAAGGAACAGUCCAUUGUUGAAAAGUUUCGCUCACGAGGUCGGGCCCAAGUGCAAGAAUUUUGUGACUAUGGGACCAAGGAAGAGUGCAUGAAAGCCAGUGAUGCUGACCGGCCUUGUCGAAAGCUGCACUUCAGACGAAUUAUCAAUAAACACACUGACGAGUCUUUAGGUGACUGUUCAUUCCUUAACACAUGUUUUCACAUGGACACAUGCAAAUAUGUUCACUAUGAAAUUGAUGCCUGCAUGGAUUCUGAGGGUCCUGGCAGCAAGGACCAUACACCAAGCCAGGAGCUAGCACUUACACAGAGUGUUGGGGGUGACUCCAGUGCAGAUCGACUCUUUCCACCUCAGUGGAUCUGUUGCGAUAUCCGUUACCUGGACGUCAGUAUCUUGGGCAAGUUUGCAGUUGUGAUGGCUGACCCGCCCUGGGAUAUUCACAUGGAGCUGCCCUAUGGGACUCUGACAGAUGAUGAGAUGCGCAGGCUCAACAUCCCUGUACUGCAGGAUGAUGGCUUUCUUUUCCUCUGGGUCACAGGCAGGGCCAUGGAAUUGGGCAGAGAGUGUCUGAACCUCUGGGGUUAUGAACGAGUAGAUGAAAUUAUCUGGGUGAAGACCAAUCAACUGCAACGCAUCAUUCGGACAGGACGCACAGGUCACUGGUUGAACCAUGGGAAGGAACACUGCUUGGUUGGUGUCAAAGGAAAUCCACAGGGCUUCAACCAGGGUCUGGAUUGUGAUGUGAUUGUAGCUGAGGUUCGUUCCACCAGUCACAAACCAGAUGAAAUCUAUGGCAUGAUUGAGAGGCUAUCCCCUGGUACUCGAAAGAUUGAGCUUUUUGGACGACCACACAAUGUGCAACCCAACUGGAUCACCCUUGGAAAUCAGCUGGAUGGCAUCCACCUCCUAGACCCGGAUGUGGUUGCACGGUUCAAGCAAAGGUAUCCAGAUGGUAUCAUCUCAAAACCUAAGAAUCUGUAAGCAAUACCUCAUUAAAAAGCUAAGCAUCCAGAGCCAUGGCUCCACAGCAAUACCAGAAGCAUAUUUGUAAAGUAGCUUCACCCUUAUUUAAAUAAAGGUUUGUAUUGGAACUCUGAAGU